AUGGCUGAGUCAGAGUCACAAGUCAUGCCCAACCUUUCCAAUCAAGACAUUAUUGGAUCUCGCUAUGCUCUGGAAGUUGCUUUUCAAACUAUGAAGGAGCGAUGUCAAAGAUUGCAACAACGCUUGGCAAAGGUUGAAGAUGAAAACUCAAAGCUUCGCCUUCAGAGGCGGAAAGAUGAAGUUGUUGUGGGCUCAAGAGCAGGUGACGAACCAGAAGCCAUGCGAGACAAAAUAGCAGAACUAGAACGUCAGAAGCAACAGUUAGCGCAACAUGUUUUUAUGGUGACAAGUGAAAAUAAGCAACUGUGGACAAGGCUUUCACAGUCAGCAAAAUUGAAUCAAUCGCUUGGCAGUCAGUUAACAAAAAUUUCUGAUUCUUUAAAUCGUCAUUCUGCUUCAACAAAUUUGAGCCAAUCGCAACUUGGUGGUAGUAUGAUGGCCUCAUCUUCACGUGAUAUUCUCAGGAAUAGUGCUGUCCUUUCUCAGUUCCCUAAGAAUAAAGAAGUGCUCUCUUCAGCCAUGACUGCCUCAGAUUCCAGGACAGAUAGUUUGGAAGAAAUAUCACUGAAGCUUAUCAACAGUUUUUUACAGGAAAAAUCUGAGUUGGAAGAUCAAUGUGCUCAGAUGACAGAGCUUCGUGAAGGAGGCCUCUCACCUACCUUCAGUGCUGACCAUCUUGGUUUCUCCAUGACAAGCACUAAUGGCUCUGCUGGAGAGGAUGCUGAUUUGAUGGACCCCUUGUUUGUCCCUGAAGUUCAGCAAUUGCGUGACUCAUUGUUGUCAAUAAAGCAAGACCUUCUGAUGCAACAAGAAAACAUGCGAGUAGCAGUCACAAAUCUUUUAAAGUUUAGAGACGGAGGCUUAAAAUGCCAGGCAUGUACAGAAAGGGCCAAAACAGCAACCAGCAAAGCAUCGGAAGAGGCCUCAAGAAUGAGCACUGCAACAACUACACGAUUUGAAAGUGCAAACAUUGCUGAGCCAGAGUCUCUUGGGGACUCUGCAGAUGAAGAAAUCAAGGAGCAGCUCCAACGAGUUCCAGAAAACUCUACCAACAGUGACCAUUCCCACCCUGCUCAAAAUGCACGGGUGUGCCCCAUCUGUGGAAGAUUCUAUCCAAGCUCUGUUUCGUUUGGAGAUUUCCAUCGUCAUGUUGUCAAUCAUUUUGAAGAUGAGGAAGAGAAAAAUAGUUUCCUUCUUGUCUAAUGAAUCCUUUUUGCUACAUUUGCAUUAUGUGUUAGAUUCCAGUUUAGAAUGUAGACAAUGCAAAUCUGCAUUUACAAGGUUUCCCCUUCAAUGUUAACUAAAGACAACAUUGGAGCAAGGUGCUCACGAGUUUCUUAAUUUAUCUAGGCUAAUACCAUAUUCAUUGCCAUCCAGUACUGGCACUCAUUGUUAGAGGUCUUUGACACUACAGUAUCUUUAUGAGACUUGUCUUUUUUUAAAUUGUUGUCAAAAUUUACCCACAUUGUAUUGCUGUUGCAUCCUUAUAUUUGAUACAUGUUGUUUUUAAACAGAAAAUUGAGGAAGGGUUUUGUUGCUCGGAAUUAGUGCAACAGGGUCAAGCUUUUGUUUACAUUUAGUUAAAUUUCAUUUUAGGUUGUAGAAUAUAACUGUGAUUGUACAUUGACACUGUACCAGUAAUUUAUUUACACGUUUGACCAGAUAUAUAUUUACUUUUUAUCAUUGUUGUCUAAUAAUUGCUGUGUGUUCAAUAAGGUGCAUAUUUUGAGAAUUAUUUUCUCCUUUAAGGCACCAAGUCGAUUAUUUUCCUUUCCAUUUUAUAGUUGUAUACCUAUUACUAUCUAGAGAUUAUUUCUGUUUUAUCAGUUAUAACUCUGUUUCCCUAAAAUUUAAUCAAAUUUUCACUGAUUAUCUGUGACUUGAAAAGAAAAAUAUAUUUGAAGUUCAUGUUA